AUGGAGCCCAAACUAGGGCUUAAUUAUGAAACAUCAUCGAACAAAAUCAUUUCCACUGUUUACUCGUUUUCAAAUAUUGAAGGGCUUGUCGACACAGAUUUUCCUGAAGCCCGUAUUAAUGGUCACCAUCUUCUUGGCAUUGUAAAUGACAUCCAGUGUUCUUCAUUUGCGAAAAUAUUAUCUCAUUUGCAAUCUGGAAAUACAGAUAACGUGGCGAAUAUAAAUUCAGCUGUUGAGCUUAAAGAGGCAGGGAUUUCCUUCAAUAAGUCGGAAGAUAUUAGUUCAUUUCAUAUUGAAUUCAAUGAAAAAGCAAUGAUCAUUCCAGAAUGGGAAAUUUCUGAUUCAACAGAAUCAUUGUUCCGAAAUCUGAUGGCAUAUGAGUACUACCUCACAGGCAGUCCUCAAAAAUAUGUGACCGACUAUGUAUUCUUUAUGCAUUGUCUCGUCCAUUCCCCUGAAGAUGCAAAACUUCUGCGCCGUUGCGGAAUUAUUAGCAACCUUUUGGGGAGCGAUGAAAUGGUUUUUCAUGUAAUUCACGAGCUAGGCAAGAAUAUCAUAAUUUCUGAUGAGUUUUCGUAUUCUAAUAUUUUCAACAUUGUGAACCAUCAUUGUGGCCACAGAAGGAAUAGAUGGACGGCAAUAUUAAGGCGAAGAUAUUUCAACAGUCCAUGGGCACUCAUUUCAGUAUUUGCUGCUAUUUGCUUGUGCUUGCCAUCAUAUAGGCUACGUUUGCUAUUCUCUCGUAUUACAAUGAUCUCAAGAAGGGGAACUGAUUCUAAGUAUUUGAAGCUAGCAACAAUGUAUGGUAACUCCAAUUACUAUCAACUUCAAGGAUGACACAGAGCCUAGAAUAUCCUGAAUUAUAUUAGUGUUUGAAUUUAUAUGAUGCCCAGUACAUUGAAUGAAUUCUCAAAAAUCAAGAUUCAGCUACAUUCUACUGAGUUUUAG